UUUUAUCAGAAUCAGCUUUAUUGGCCAAGUAUGCGUCCACGAACAAGGAAUUUGACUCAGAAAGGAGAGUGUUUACUCACUUCAUAUUAUACAUAAAACAAUUAAAACACCAAUUAAAUUACUUGUAGAAUGUUUGCACGACAAAAUAUGAAGAUUAGCUCAUUAGUAGCACUCCACGAUUUAGUUGAGUAACAAUCAAUGUGGCAGCUCUCGGUAGUUGUACUGUACCGCUCCAAUAUGGCUGCCGAAAAUUCACGUCCGGGUUGUUCGGUCAAAGUUCAUAGACUAGCAGCCGGAGCUGCCGAUUGGCUAACGGCUAAUGUUACGAAAGUGCAUUGGAUAGAAGCACACACGCCUUUCGUCAACCUGAAAUAUUACUAGAAGAGACAAGGAAGCAUGCUGAGGGCACACAGAGCGUGUAGGACGCCGGCUGCCCGGCACCUUGUUCAAGCAUCCCUGUCCUCCCGCGUCCACACCUGCGUGUCGUCGUCUCAGGACCAGGUGGAGCUUCACCCGCAGUGGGCCAGCCUGGCCAAGAAGCAGCUGAAGGGGAAGAACCCGGAAGAUCUGAUAUGGCGCACACCCGAGGGCAUCAACAUCAAGCCGGUCUACACCAAAGCCGACUCUGCCCGGAGUGCUGACGAACUGCCGGGAGUGUUUCCCUACACCAGGGGGCCCUACCCCACCAUGUACACCAACAGACCCUGGACUAUCAGGCAGUACGCUGGAUUUAGCACCGUGGAGGAGAGCAACAAGUUCUACAAGGACAACAUUAAAGCCGGCCAACAGGGCCUCUCCGUGGCCUUUGACCUCCCCACCCACCGCGGCUACGACUCGGACAACCCCAGGGUCCACGGUGAUGUCGGCAUGGCGGGCGUGGCCAUUGACACGGUGGAGGACAUGAAAAUGCUCUUUGACGGCAUCCCGCUGGAGAAGAUGUCAGUGUCCAUGACCAUGAACGGCGCCGUCGUCCCCGUGUUGGCCAUGUUCAUUGUGACUGGCGAGGAGCAGGGCGUCCCCAAGGCCAAGUUGACCGGCACCAUCCAGAACGACAUUUUGAAGGAGUUCAUGGUGCGCAACACCUAUAUCUUCCCGCCGGAACCUUCCAUGCACGCCAUUGCAGACAUCUUCGCGUACACUUCACAGCACAUGCCCAAGUUCAACUCCAUUUCCAUCAGCGGCUACCACCUCCAGGAGGCUGGAGCCGACGCCAUCUUGGAGGUCGCCUACACCAUCGCUAACGGCCUGGAGUACUGUCGCACCGGACUCAAAGCCGGCUUGACCAUUGAUGAGUUUGCACCCAGGUUGUCAUUCUUCUGGGGCAUCGGCAUGAACUUCUACAUGGAGAUUGCCAAGCUGCGGGCGGGGAGGAGGCUGUGGUCCACGCUGAUCCAGGAGAAGUUCCAGCCCAAAAACGCCAAGUCUCUUCUUCUCCGCACUCACUGCCAAACGUCCGGUUGGUCUCUCACAGAGCAGGACCCAUACAACAACGUGAUCCGCACGGUGAUUGAGGCCAUGGCGGCCGUGUUCGGCGGCACCCAGUCGCUCCACACCAACUCAUUCGAUGAGGCGCUGGGCCUACCCACGGUGAAGAGCGCCCGCAUCGCCCGCAACACGCAGAUUAUCAUACAGGAGGAGUCGGGCAUCCCCAAGGUGGCCGAUCCUUGGGGGGGGUCCCACAUGAUGGAGUCACUGACCGAGAACCUCUACAACACGGCGUUGAAGUUCAUCCAGGAGAUCGAGGAGAUGGGCGGCAUGGCCAGGGCGGUGUCCGAGGGCAUCCCGAAACUGCGCAUCGAGGAGUGUGCUGCGCGUCGGCAGGCCCGCAUCGACUCAAGGUCAGAGGUCAUCGUUGGAGUCAACAAGUACCGCCUGGAGGAGGAGGAGAGCGUGGAGGUGUUGGCCAUAGACAACACGCUCGUGCGGCAGAAACAGAUUGAGAAGCUGAAGAAGGUAAGGGAGAGCCGCAACGCCGAGGCCACCAGCAAGUGUCUUGCCGCCAUCAAGGAAUGCGCACGGACCAGACAGGGCAACCUGUUAGCGUUAGCCGUGGAGGCGGCACGUGCCAGAUGUUCCGUUGGUGAGAUCACGGACGCCAUGAAGAAAGUGUUUGGCGAGCACAAAGCGAGCACGCGCAUGGUGAGUGGCGCCUACCGCAGCGAGUUUGGCGAGCACGAGGAAAUGGCACAGGCUCACAGCAGAGUCACCCAGUUUAAGAACCACGAAGGACGCAACCCUCGCCUCCUGGUGGCCAAGAUGGGGCAGGACGGCCACGACAGAGGAGCAAAGGUCAUUGCCACAGGGUUCGCUGACCUCGGCUUCGACGUAGACAUUGGGCCGCUCUUUCAGACCCCCCUAGAGGUGGCCCAGCAGGCGGUGGACGCGGACGUGCACUGCGUCGGCGUCAGCACGCUUGCCGCUGGGCAUAAGACGCUGGUGCCAGAGCUGAUGAAGGAGCUGCGCAAGCUCAAUAGGCCCGACAUUCUGGUCAUCUGUGGAGGCGUCAUCCCCCCCCAGGACUACCACUACUUGUACAAGAGCGGCGUGUGUGCCAUCUUCGGGCCAGGCACCAGGAUCCCACAGGCUGCUGUGGAGGUCAUCGACAACAUUGAGAAGAGCCUGGAAAAGAUCAGACAGGCCAUGUGAACGGACACGCGUCCCAGGAAGUGGAUUUGUAAAGGAAUUAAAUUUAAAAAGACAUAUUUGUAAUCCAGCACAGUGACGUGGUCGCUACGAUGGGUCACUCAUGUAGCGCCAUCUUGAUUAUUGACGUCUAGUUGGACAGUUUGACAUUUGUCUCUGCAAACACGGUUAUGCUUUCAUUGCAGUUUGUUUAGGCGCUAGCUGGAUUACAUGAAACAUAUUUGUUGGAUUUCUGCAAAGUUUCCUUGGAGGGGCGGGGCUUGGGCAAAGCAGGGGCCCAUUAAAUGUUGCUGUGAUCCUGAAUAAUGAUGGGCACUAUUUGUUAAUCUUGCAAGGCUUUCUUUCAUUCCUCUGAUGAUAUUGUGGUGGUUACGUCCACUUGAAGGGGACCAGACUCUUCCUGCAGUGUUUCCUGCCUCCCGCCAAAACGGUCCGUGUCAUUUACUCCACCCCAGGUACGCCCACUCUGCUGUGAUCGGUCGCACCCCAGAAGACCCCCUUUAGUCCGAUGACUUACCAAAAUACACACAUUAGGACACUGAUACAUUGUUCCUUACAGUUGGCUCUUCUGACUCUUCAACACCACCACGUAACGCUGGAAAGGUGUUAGACUUCAGCAACAAUUUGGCUGAUAGUCCGGCCGAUGACAGCAGGCAGGGCCGGGAGAAGGUCCCGGGGCAGACCUAGGACACGCUGGAGGGAUUAUGUCUCACAGCUGGCCUGGGAAGUCCAUGGUGUCCUACCGGAGGAGCCGGAGGAGUUAGCAGGGAACCAGGAAGUCUGGGCUUCCCUACUGAGACUGCUGGACCCACGAUAAGCGGAGGGAAAUUGAUGGAUGGAUCAUAUUUUCUUUUAUCCAAGGUGCAAGUGGACAAUUUGAGCCCUCUUUUCUUUGUUCCAUAAAUUAUAUGCCGUUUUUUUCGCCACUGAAAAAAAUCCAGACAAGGAAGGUAUGCCAGGAAGGUGUGUUUGGAUGGAUGCUAUUUCCCCGUUUAGAAAAACACUCCAGAUGAAUCCAUCAUUCCACACUGCUAAUGGUUGUUUACACUGAAAUCACUGCUUUGGAUGUGGUUUACUGUAAAUCACGGUGUAUUAACCGCACCCCUAUUUUCAGUCUCACGGUGGGGAAAAAAAAUUUACUUCAUAAAUGCUUGCCAACUCUUUCAUCUCAAAUGAACAUGCUAAAGGUACUAAACAAUUUCAAAAAGAAGAAAGGAGAAAUCUGCCGUCCAUCAAUUCAUCUGCAAUGGAAUUCAUGUAAGAAAUGUUUUGCCGUCAACUUGCCGAUGAUGUCCGCUCUCCAACGCCGGAUGACUGACUCGUCCACACCGUGCUGCCGUCCUGCUGCCCGGUUCCCAAAGUCUUCUGCUUACCGGCAGACGGAGAGUUUGAAUGCUGCUGUGAAAGAUCGCCGUGGCAUUUUAGCUUUAGCUGCUUUAGCUUUAGCCUUGAUUUAACGGUAGCUAAUGUUGGUUUAGUGGAGACGCGAGCGGCGUUCUGCGCAUGCGCAUCAGUUAUCCAUGUACUGUACAUAACACUGCAUUGCUUCAGUGUGAAUGUGAAUAAACUCCAACGUUGUAUUGUAUUUUAAACCAUCUGCAAUGUUUUAAUGGAAGCUUAGGUUAGCUUCAGUGUAUAUAGAGAUCGUUUCUCUGUGAAAAUACAGACACAGCUGUCAGAUAAGUGAAAAAGGAAUUGCACUUUCAGCAACUGUACAGCAGAGGGCGCUAAAGUCAAA